GAGCAGCAGCAGCGCUGCGGCUGUGCUGACCUCUGUCUGCCGCAGGGAGAAGGGCUCCGCUCCGGGAUCGACUCCCUGACGGCUGACGUGAGCAGGGCGGCCUGGAGGCAUGCUGCCUGCCACCCGGACACGGACACCGGCUCCCCCGGCGGCUCUGGACGGAGGCAACGACCGGUGCUGGGUGCGCACGAGCCGCGCCCCGCGAGCUGCCUCUACCGCCGCCUCUGCUGCUGCUGCUGCUGCUAGCCUGCUGCCGCUAGCCGAUUAGCCGAUUAGCCGCUAGCAGCUCCUCCCGCCGCCGGGGCGGCUCGGACUGAAGGCUCUCCUCACUGCCGGCCGUCUGAUGGAAGGGUGACGGGGAACGAUGCAGAGUGUCCUCCGUAUCCUCCUGACAGGCCUGUUAGGUGCUCUGUGGGAUGGAGUAGCUGCGCUUGGUGGGGUUCGACUGGUAGAUGGAUACAACAAGUGCUCCGGCAGAGUGGAGGUGCGCCGCCACGACCAGUGGGGGACGGUGUGCGACCACGGCUGGGACCUCCCCGAGGCCUACGUGGUGUGCCUGGAGCUGGGCUGCGGUCUGGCCGAGGCCGCCCUCCCCAACGCGGCGUACGGAGCCGGGCGGGGGGAGAUCUGGCUGCAUCACGUCCAGUGUUCUGGACACGAGUCCAGCUUGACGUCCUGCGCCGUCGUCCUGCACACCAACUCCUACUGCACGCAUGACAAUGACGCCAGCGUCAAAUGCUCAGGUUCUCUUUUAUCGCCCACCCUCACACUGCUGUCCCCUCACACUGUGUUCACCUCCGGGGAGUCCGUCCGCUUCGGCUGCAGCGUCCUGCUGGGCCACCACCUCAGCGACUUCCACCUGUACAAGCACGGCGUGGCCACGCCGCUGGUCACGCAGCGGGCCGACCAGACCCAGACCAGGGUGGAGCUGACGCUGUCCGACAUCGAGACGUUCCACCAGGGCAGCUACAGCUGCCGCUACAGGAUCAAGGGCGGCUUCCCCUCCCAGCUGCUCAGCUCUCCGCCCAGCAACUCCGUCAACAUCACUGUGGUGGAGCUCCUGACUCCGCAGCACUGGUACAACACGUCGACCGAGGCCCCGGCCGGCUCCGUCAUCAAGGGCCACAGCUUCAACAUCACCUGCUCCACGCCGCAGCAGUAUCCCGGCGGCUCCUUCCAGCUGCGCCUGAUCCGCUCCAACGGCACGGUGCGCCAGUCCCUGCCCGCCCUCAGCCCGUCCGUCACCUUCACCUUCCCCAGCGCCCAGAGCGCCAACGAGGGCUACUACUACUGCCUGUACCGCGUCCAGCUGGGCGGACGCACCUUCCUGUCCAGAGAGAGCCAGCCCCUGCCCAUAGCGAUCAGAGACCCAGAUCCGGUCUUGAGUCCGAUGGUGAUCAGCUGGCUCGUGUCCGGCCUGACGUUCGUCGUCGCCGUCGUCAUCAUCAUCAUCGUGGCCAAGGUGCUGUGCAACAAGGAGAAGAAGCCGUCGGAGCUGGAGCGAGAGACCAGGACCUGUGUGGACAACACGUAUGUUGCCUUGUCAAUCAACAAGCUAUGAUUGGCUGCACCAGCAGCAUGAGCAGAAACGUCCAAAGGCAGAGUUCUCCUGCUGUGUCCUAAACACACACACACACACACACACACACACACACACACACACACACACACACACACACACACAGAGGCAGCAGGAGCAAACCGCCCGUUAAUAAGAACGGCAGCUGGAGCGAGUUGAGCGCGGCGUGAAGCUCCGUCUUGAUUCUCCGUCAUAGGCCACGGUGCAGCGGACCAAACCUCAGGCGCUGCCAGAAAGCCGUCUCACGGUGAGAGUAAAGACAAAUGGGGCUGACCCGUCCAGCCAGUAACGGAUCAAAAACCCACCGCCGGCGGUCAGCGAAGGCUUCAGUCAUGGUUCGUGAUCAAUGAUCCUUCCAUUUAGAGGACUUUUUUUUGUAUUUCAUUACCACUGCUAUGCAUCGUAUGUCAAUAACCAUGUACAUUCAUGCACUUAAGUGUGUAAAUAAAAGCUGUAGUUAAUUAAAAAGCUGGUGAAACUUC